GGAAGAAGAGACGAGGACUAAAGAGAGAAGAAGAAGAAGACGGGAGGGAGACAAAACACGAAAAGGACGGUGUUGUGAUGAACAGCAAAGAACGACUCUAAAACACACACACACACACACACACAUAGUAUGUCGGCCAUACGCUCUGCCUCCCCUCCUUCUGACGACCCGACCACGCCCCCGCCCAUGACCACUCCACCUCGCAAAGCCUCCGUCCGCCUGCAGGAGAGGCGGGGCUCCAACCUCUCACUGCUAUUGGAUGUGAGCAGCCUGGGGGUGGAGCCAGUGUGUUCUGUCUCCACCCCGAAGGAGGUGUGGCUUCAGCUGCUGCACACCUCGUCCCGCCCACUCACACACACGCUGCUGCAUCAGGCCGCCGCCGACACACACACGUUGAAUGUAGAGUACCAGAAGAUCCCGCCAAACUUUGUGAGCGCCGCCGAGCUGGAUGUUCCGGGUCACAUGAUCAAAGACAGAUACAAGACCAUCCUGCCGAACCCUGAGAGCCGGGUGGUCCUGAGGAACCCAGAGGAAGAGGCGCCAGACCGCUACAUCAACGCCAACUACAUCCGGGGAUACAGGGGAGCUCCCAGGGCCUACAUCGCCACCCAGGGGCCCAUGCUGCACACUGUGGGGGACUUCUGGGACAUGGUGUGGCAGGAGAGGAGCAACAUCAUCGUAAUGGUGACCAGACUGAAGGAGAACAACGAGAAGUGUGAGCUGUAUUGGCCGCAGCCGAGGGAGAGGAGGAUGAGGAGGACAACGGUGAAGGAGGAGGAGGAGGAGGAGGAGGAAGAGGAGGAGGAGCAGAGGGAGGAAGAGGAGGAGGAAGGAGAGACUGGGCAGUUCGGCAGAUUCCUCCUCAGAGUGAGAGACAGCCAAGAGAAAGACGGGUUCACCGUCACUGACAUGGAGAUCCAGCUUUCCUCGGAGCGCCGUCCCAUCAGACACUACUGGUUCACCUCCUGGCCCGACCACCACAUCCCACAAUGCACCGCUCCUCUGCUGAGGCUUGUGGAGGAGGUGGAGACGUACAGCAGGUCCCUCCUCCCGUCCGGCUCUCAGCCAAUCACAGAGCCCGUCCUCGGUCCAGGGCCGAUCGUGGUCCACUGCAGUGCAGGUAUAGGUAGGACGGGCUGUUUUAUCGUCAGUAGUAUCGGCUGUCAGCAGCUGAGAGAGAGCGGUCAGGUCGACAUCCUGGAGACGGUUUGUCAGCUUCGACUCGACAGGGGCGGGAUGAUCCAGACUACAGAGCAGUACCAGUUCCUGUACUCCACACUGGCCCAGUACAGCUCCCAGCUACAGCACAACCAGGAGCAGAACCAGAAGCAGCAGAUCCCAAAGGAACACAUCAGCACACAGCUGCAGAACCUGCAGCUGGACACACAGAACGGGAAGAACUGAUUCUGCACAGAACCUGCAGAACCGACAGGACCAGAUUCACAUCUACAGAACAGACAGAAUUAUUAUUAACAAAACCAGAAAGAUGGAAACGAGAACUUAGAGACUGCAGCAGCCGAACCCAAAGACCUGAUGGACUCACAUUUCAGGAUCACACAGAGAACCGGAUGAUUUUUGGGUCCAGCUCAGUGAAAAGAUCCUGGAGAACGUGCAGAACCGGACUCAAAGUCUGAACAGAACCAAGUAACAAAAAAACCCACAAAAAUGAAAAUGAAAAUAUCUUCUUGUUUUUAACAUCUGAUCAAAUCAAAUCAAAUAAAAAGGAACCAUUUUUGACAUACAUUGAGAUUUUUAAACAGAUAUUGAAGAUAUUUAAAUAAAUUAAUAAUUUAAAGAUGAAACUGGGUGAAUAUUGU